AUGAAAAACUACAACUCUAACAGCUCUAGGAGCAAAAUGAAGGGGGAAAAAGGCGCUGCCCAGGGUGCCAGCCAUGGCGGUGGGUAUAGUGGUGGAUACGGCGGCGGGUACGGCGGCGGGUACAGUGGAGGGUACAGCGGAGGAUACGGUGGAGGGUACGGUAGCGGGUACGGAGGCGGGUAUAGCGGCGGGUAUAGUGGAGUUCACAGCUACAACAGCGGCUACUACCCGAACACCGGUUCGUCUUACCACAAAAAAAAAAACAGCGUAAAGUACGGAAAGGGCGCGUACGAUAAUGAGUACACAAAGGAGAGAGAUAAGAAGGGGAAGAAUUCCGAUGGGAGACCUCACAAAAACGAGCAAUCGAGUGGUGGUCACGGGAACAAGGGUAACACGAAUAGGGGCAGCUCCAGUAGGGGGGGCCCCAAUAAAGGCGUCGACAAUAGUGGCCACGUAGGUGGCGCACAGACGCAUGAAGACCUUACGGCGUUUAAUCUGAACAAAAAUGAUAGCAUCUUCGAAGACGUAGAUAAAAUCAACAACAUCACGUUCGGACACAACGACAAUCCCGAAGGGGACUUCUCCUAUACCAUGAAUAACAACCUAAUUGAAAAUGAAAAAAAGUUAUUUAAGUUAAACAAAUUGGACAAUAAAAAUUUGGACUGCUCCGACUUUUUGCGCCUACAAGAAAGGGACAUCAUUGAUAGUAGCUCCGCACAUUUUAUCAAACGGGAGGAUGAAAGGGAUCCCUUUUUUGCCCACAACAAGGAGGAGCAGCGGCAGGAGCAGCGGGGGGGGCUUUACGGGAUUAACGAAAAAAAGGUGCCAUCGAAUGAGGCAGGCCAUAGUAGCAAGCACAUGAAGAACGUCAGCUUCCCCUCCAACAGCAAACAAAGGAACAACGAAAGUGACGACCUGUUCCAGUUUGACAACAAAAUGUGUAACCUAACCAAAUUUAUUAAUAAAAAUAUUUUCUAUACAAACGAAAACGAUGAGGUGAAAGGAGACGUAAUGAACGACGACGAGUCUGUUGAGAGUGCAGACCCAUUCAGUUUUAUCAACACCCCCGAGAGGAAUAAACAGUCAGUACAAAACAAGGCUUUAAGCAAAGGAGGAAUUAGAAGCACCUCCAACGAUAAAGAACACAUGCAGAAAAAAAUUUACCCAAAAGGGGAACACCAGAACAGGGACCAAGAAGAUAACGAAUUCGAGAGAAAGGCAAAUAUCGAUUCGUACAGAUACAACGAAAAUGAUUUCACCAAAAUUUAUCUGAUGAAUAAUUUUGAACACAUCCAUGACAGCAACACUUUUAAUGAAAAUUUCGAGGGGGAUUAUUUACACAUGUUGGGGAGAAAAAAUAUGAAAAAGGUAAGCAGUAGUAAUAACGUCGUGGGGGAUCUCCAAAUGGGAGAUGGCGCAGUGGAAUCGGUAGGAAUGGAGGGUCUCCUCCCAUGGGGACAAGACAAUUCUGAGCAGGCGAGAAUGUUAUCUCAUAGCUUGAUGAACAAUGCGGAGAGGAAUUUCUCCAUCAGAGGAUUGAACGAACGGAUGUUGGAUGGAAGAAAUCAUGAACUGGACGAAAAUCUGCAAUUUUUGAAUAGCCUCAGAAAUGUGUAUGGCCACUUGGGUGAGGAAGAAGGCGGUACGGGGGUGCCCGGCAUGCCAGGAAUGUCCGCCUUGCCAGGAAUGUCCUCCUUGCCAGGCAUGUCCGCCAUGCCCAGUGUGCGCGAUUUGAAGGGAGGACGCAGCCCCGUUAUGGAUGCCACAUACACUAACGAUGUGCACCUCCAGGAGGAGAAGCACAACCAACUGCGUCAGAUGCAGCAGUUGAGGUUAGCAGCGGAGGAGAACUACCUGGACCCCUCGCGCAAGAUAUCAGCCAGUCUGGACAACUUGGACAAUCUGAGCAAUAUGAGCAGCCUGGCCAAUCUGACCAAUCUGAGCAACCUGGCUAAUCUAACCAAUCUGUACCCCUUCAAGGAAAACGAAAUAAACGACGAGUUCCUGCUAAGCAUGAACGAAAAGAAACCAAUGUAUCUUUUGAAGGAGGAUGAGUAUUACAUGAAAAAUGAUAAAAUUAAUGACCAUUUUGUGAAUGAUUUGAGGAAUUACAAGGGAGAUUAUAAAAACGAAUCGUUUAUUUUUCCUGAACAGGAGGAUCAGUCAAGUGAAUUUUUAUUCCAAAUGGGUCCCACCAAGGGCAUCCAUUUGGGGGAGAUGCAUAUAGGAGAAGAUAUGGGGGCACCUCGACAGGAAGGACUGCAACUUGGAGAGCGAUUAAUUAGCAGGGAGGUUAUCCCCCCCCGAGAGGACUACACAUUGAGGAAUAACCUCGAAGAAGAAAAUUAUUACGCCAAUUUAAAUGAAAAAAUAAAGAACGUAAAGGAGGAUGAAGAUGAGGAUGAAGAUUUAUUGUUGUUUAAUCAAGACGGGGAUUUAAAACUGGACGUAACCAAUGACUUAAACGCGCUGAAAAUUUUGAAUAACUACUACUUGGAUGACAAGGAGAAUGAUUUUAUGCUAAUGGAAAAGAACAAGAGUUCGCUGCUUUCCGGGGAGUUGAACUUAUCGGGGGGUGCAGGCUACCCGGGUGAGCGUUACCUAGGGGACAGAUCACCAAAUGGACGGGAUAGAUAUCCUGGGGAAAGGUCGCCAAACGAACGGGAGAGAUAUCCUGGGGAAAGGUCACCAAAUGAACGGGAGGGACACGCUGGGGAGAGGUCCCGUAAUGAACGGUCGCCACUGGAGAGAUCACCUAAUGAGCGCAUGUCGCGCGACCGCCUGCAGGCCAACAAACCUGGGGGACACAAGGUGAAAGGCGGGCCUAACUAUGCCAAGGAUAACCACCGCAGCCGGCACGGCAACCACUUCGAGAAAGGGAACAACCUAACCAACAAGAACUUCCCCAGUGCCCAUGUAGGCAUGUUACGAGAUAGACUUCAUCGAAGCACGUCAUCCAGUGGGUACAUAGACAAAUAUGAUCAGAAAAACUAUUUUUACAAAAGCGACAGAAUGAAAAAUAAUAGCAGCAGUAAGGCGUACCAAAUGAGUUACUCUCUGUCGUAUGAAGGUGGAGGUGGCAAGGGACAUGGUCAUGCCCUGAGAAACGUGAUGAGCAGUGAGAUCUACCAUCGCACCAAUGAGACGAACGAAUCGAUAUGCGAAAGCUUCAUAAUUCGUUUGAAAAAACAACACAUGCUCAAAUUAACGAGCUUUCUAAGAAUGAGUUAUAAAAAAACCAACCUCAAUGAUCUAAAUGAUGACCUGUACAACUACUACAGAUUUUUGAACAAAAUUAAUGGAAAUAUUAAACAGAAUAAUUACUUUUUCAAAUAUCGAAAUCUCAUGAAGAAGAGUGACAAGGAUAAGUUACUGAGGAUUCAACUCUCCUAUAUGAUUAUAAACCCUUCAAUACAGAAGAAUAGCGGAAAAUGGAACUUCAAAAAUGAGGCGAAAAAUGAUGGUCUCGGACAGCCCACCUUGAAGGAUGGUCGUGAAGCGGGCGAUGGAAUUUAUAAUGAUGCAGCAGAUCAAGAAGACCACAGGGAUGGAAGAAGACGAAUCACCGGUGACGACCAGACCGAUGGGGAAGCUGACAGCGUGGACAGUGGUGAUAGCGAAAUUAUAAACAUCCCUGGUGGAGCGGAUAGGAUAAGAAACAACUGUCUACCAAACGAUGAUAAUUUUACUAUGCUUUAUGCCAAUGGGGAGGAAGAAAAACUCUACAGCUUACUACAUGAGGAUAACUUUGACCUGCACAGCGAAAAUAUACUCAACAUUGACCUGAACAAAAUAUUAAACCUAACGUCCAGCAGUCCAACAGAACUGAAGGGUGACGAUUCGAAGGCAGAAAAGGAAAAGAACAAAGAGGGGGAAAAUGCUCGUGAGAAUGAAAACACAGGUAGAGAGGGUGCCCAGGCAGAUCAUCCAAACGUGGGAGAUAAAGGAGCAACCGAAUGUGAAGUCUCCAAGGAGGACAGCGGAAAGAAAGAAGAAACUACCAGCGGGGCUGACAACAAGGUUGGAGGCCAAAACGACGUGUCUAAGUAUGAUAACACUAAGAAACUGGGCAGAUUCGUUUUCGCCACGGUGCAUGAACCAAGAAAUUUAAUAACCCUAGCGAAGAAUGAUCCCCUAUUUGAUAGCUACGAUGAGGUGGUGGAGAAAUUUAAAAAUAUCAUAAUAGGUGAGGUAGCCUUGGAGCAGGGACCAAACGGGGAAAGUAAAGAGGACGCAUCUACGCCUGUUAAGAAGUGCACCUCGAAGGGCGCAAAAAAGGAUGACAAAAAGAAGGAUGACAAAAAAAAAGACGACAAAAAAAAGGAUGACAAAAAAAAGGAAGAGAAAAAAUCCGCACAGGAGGAAGCAGCUCCUGCUACGGCCAAGCUUCUCAUGCGAGACGUCGUCACGAAGAAAAUGCUGGAGAUGAUGUGGGACCUCUAUAUAGACAUAAAGAACAUUUACAAAGACAUAGACAAGUGCCCCUAUACACACAUUGAAACUAUAUCAAAAUAUAAUGAAGAGAUUAAAAAGAAAAAAAACACUCUCUUUAAUUUUAUCCUCCUGAAGAAGACCAGCGACGAGGAGACAGUUUGCAGUUCCCUCAUGAAUAGUCAUAACAACUUGUUUUUGAAGAAUAACAUAAGCAACGUGGACGUUACUGCUAACAAGCAUCUUUACCUAUACCUGACGGACUCACUCUACAGCACCAUCAAUAGGAACUUCGAAUUCCUCAUUUACCCGACCAUCGCAGAUUUGAUUAUAAACUUAUCCUUCGACGGGACCCAUGUGGCGAGGUACGUCAAGCAAGGGUUGGCACCUCGCAGCGAUGAGCAGCCAGGUGAUGUGCAGCCCCCCCCCAAGGGUAGCGGCACUACAUCAGACAGCAACAGUGGCAACACGGGCAACACGGGCAACACUAGCAACAUUAGCAACAUCUUUGCGCACCGCUUCCCCUUCAAGGACAACCUUGCGCUGCUGGGAAGCUCCACCCAGUUUGGCAAAGUCAUCCAGUUUAGCAGAACGUACUGCUACUACAACUUCGGAGGCUACAACGAGUGGGACAUUUUAGCCCCCUUCGACAGUACCGCUAACAGUCGUACGAACACUACAGCCAACGGCGCCUCCGUGGGAGCCCCCAAGGAAAAGAAAAAAAAAUCCUUCUUCUUCUUCAAGGAGAAGGAGAGUAAAAAAAGUACAAAUGACCAAACUAGUGAAGAAAAAGCAAACGAAGCCUUACCCAUGCCCCCAAACAGCAUGAGAGUACACAACGAGGUAACAAAAUUGGACGUGGACACAAAUAACCUGAAUGAGGAGCUCCAAAAAUUGAAGAGUAUACACUGCUUAUUCGUUAAUAUCAUAUUGAAAAAAAAAGGAGCAUGCGUGUACAAAAAGAUAUUAAAAGUUGUAAAAAAGAAAAAGAGAAUGACUCUCAUUUACUCCCUCUUUAGUAACUACCUUCUUCUCCUUUUCCUCCUUGCCCAUGCGGAUUAUUGUUUCGAAAAUAUGCUCCAUUAUGAGGAGUUCCUAAAGUUGCAGCUCCUCCACAUGAACGCGAACAUAAACACACUCAAUAAGUUUAUUAAGAAUGAGAAAAUGCAAAACAUAUUUUUCAUGAAUGAACACGAAGCUCAUUUGCGAAAUAGCGGGUUCCACCAAUUUAUUAACAUUAGGUGUAAACUCUACAGUAGUAAUGUUUAUUCAUCACUGUAUAUCUACCUUUUGGAUGUAUCUCUGUCCUAUUUGUUUACCCCCGGCAUUGGUAUUGCUUACGUGCAGAGUAUCUUGGCUCUCCUCCUCUAUUACAACUACGUGCAUUUGUACAUAACGAAGCUUCUCUUUUACAAGAGUGGAACCGCCCUCUUAACCAUUUUCCUUGUCAAAAUUAUCCCCUACGUUAAGGAUUUUGACAGAAACCUCAUAAUAUGCUUCCUCUACUCUGUGCUGCAUAGCGUGUUCUACAUCCUGUGCAACAUCUUUGCGCACCGCCUGGAGGAGGAGAGGCGGGAACACAAGGGACCCGAAUCGGAGUUGCACAUGAAAAUAUUAAUGAGCAUGCCAAACGAAAUUAGCUUUUACAAAAUUGUGUACAAGAGUGUGUGUAGUUAUUCCCACCAGGACAGCUUCUUCGAGGAGGAGAUCGCCAGCAUGCUAGAAGAUUUAGGAAAGGAUCCCAUCGUAAAGGUCAUAAUGAACUACAUUCAGAAAUGA